AUGGCAAGACGCUCCAGCCGUAUACUUCACGCUCUAUACACAUCCAAACGCUCCCGCGUCCCGUCGCCAGCGGAUGGCCCCGGUUUUUUGUACGCUUUCGUCGAUUCCGAUGUCUACUGGAAAGUAGGCAUGACGAGCGACUACGACCGGCGGAAGGCAGAGUGGGACAGACAGUGUCCGUGUCCCAGCAGAGUCUGGCUUCCGCCUGUACGGGUUGUAUGGCGAAGGAAAGCUGGUGCAUCAGCCGACCUCGCAAGUACUGCUCUAACUGUCAGAGCUAUAAUGGUACUGGUCUUCCCCGCCUCCCGACGUCCCGACAUUUGCGACACUUCUUCGUUUGGAUUUCUAGAUAUCGACGACGUCUAG